AAUUCAAUUGUAAAGCAAAAUAACUGUAUUUAUUGUUUCAGACGUCAUUUUUUGUCUCCUCCGAUUCUCAUCGGGAGGCCAUCUUUCCUUAGGUGACAUUUAUGACGCUUUCGCCGCAUUUCAUCAUCUUUUGGUAAUUGUUUAGUUUAUUGAUAGGCUAUCGGCAUUUAUGUAGCAUUUAUUUUUCGGCACGGAUAUUUUUGGAGGGAAGGGGUAGAAGGGGAUGACUUUAUGAUAGGAGCUUCUAGGGCCGGCGGGCUGAGUUCUGGAUGGUUCCGGGAGGGGAGGGCACAGGGCCGCCCCUGCAGGCUCCGCCGGUGUCCACUGUCAGCGGAGGGCCGGUGGCGUGCCCCGGGGCUCGCUCGAGGGUAACAGCGCGGUGCCCCGGCCGGCGCGGGGUGCCAGUAGCGCGCAGAGGGGAGCCGCUGACCCCAGAGACCUGACGGGCGGCCGCGGCGUCCACCUGCAGAGGCCUGAUGAACGGCUGCCGUGGUCCCGCCCGACGCCGAUCAGCAGUCAUGCUUGGUCCGGCUCUGCUGCUAGUGGCAACUCUCGGCAUCUUGGGCACCAUCACCACCGCCAGCACGAGGCCGCCUGUUCGAUAUGAGGCCUUCUUCGACCAAGCGCUGAGCAGGCCGGCCUGGCGGGAGCCGGCACCGCUCCGCUCCGGACUCCGACCCCCGCCGGUCGGUCCUCCCGCUCAGCCUCCGGCCCGGCCUGCAGCUCGAUCUCCAUUGCGUCCUGCCGCUCAGCCGCCAAGUGUCGACUCAAACGCCGUUCCGAACCGCCGAGGACCCGUCGCCCUCCCUCUGAUCAACACGGAGAACGUCAAGCGGCCCCCAAUAGCGCCAAAAUUCAGCUCGUUCUUGAAGCUUUUGAAGAAAAUCCUCCCUUUGAAACCACGACAGAAAACUGAUAAAUCCGACCAGGCAUCUAAUAGCUUGACUGAAGCUGUUCCAUUGCCUGACGUUGUUGAAACCCCAAAAGACGAAGAUCCCAAUUCUAACGAAAUUAUCCCAGACUAUUCUUACACCAAGCCACACAGACCCAGGCCUCCCCCAGCUCGGCUGCCGAGGCCGCAGGUGCCCUUCUACCCGCCUCCAGUGCCGGUGAGCCCGCUGCCGACCCAGGACCUGCUGAGCUGGCUCCAGAGCCUGCUGCCCGGGGCGCUUGCCGAGGAGCUGUUCCUUGAGCCGUGCCGCAUCUCGCGCUCCGACCCACCGCCCAACGAGCCGCUUCAGAUGCUGGAGGAGGUCACCGACAUCGCCUGGCGGUUUCCGCGCACGGCCCAGGAGCUCAGCGUCCGGCUGGCGACCCUGCUGUACCGCACGCCGGCCGAGAAGUGGGAGCUGGUCAAGCUGCUGGCGCUGGACGCGCUCGACCACUCGCUCUGGGAGUCGGUCACAGACGAGGAGGUGGACGAGGUGGGCCGGCUGCUCAGCCAGACCAUCGUCCGCCAGCUGAACCGGGCCGCCGGCUCGCUGCGCCGCUACGUGCCGACGCUGCCGCUGCUCGACGCCCACCAUCUGAUGCCCCAGCCGCGCGUCACCCGCCGCUUCGACGCAGAGUUCGGCUGCCAGAUGCCCAGCGCCGAGACAAGCCUGGUCAAACUGCUGGGCGCCAAGGUGCUGAGCAUGGCUCUGCACGCGCUGGCCGACAGUGGCAACAUCUCAGAGAGCGUACUGCGGUACCAGCGUCGCAGCAUCGACGAGCGCCUCUGCCAGCUGACCAUCCUCGGGUUCGGGCUGGACGGCGCGCUGGGGGCCUGUCGGGAGGGCGGGGAGCUGCUGCGGUUCCCCUGGCAGGAGAGAGCUCACAGGGCGAGACGGGACAUCCGCGGCUACUACGACAGUAGAGCGCAGCAGUGGGAAGUUGGCACGGGAAGGAGCUUCCUUUGGGAGCUGGGCACCAUGGCCAAGCUGUUCUUCUUCCCACUGGUGCCUCUACUGUUCGUGGUAGCCCUGUGGAACCUGUUUCCAAUGUAUGGCCUCUGGAACGCUGAGUCCGCCCACCAAACAGCUGAUCCAGUAGACAAGCUGACGGGAACAGUGCUACCUGCCAUUGAAAAGCAGGAGCAGGUUUUCGGUGAGACGACGACUCCCCACCCGACCCCGACAACCACAGCGAAGCCGCAGUUCACCAAUUACGCUGAACUGAUAAUACCGCGUUUUGGUGAGAAGCGGCCAGACAGCAAUGGUGAAACGAAGAAAACCGAGGACACCGAACAUACCAAACAGGCGGAAGAAGAGCCUGACAAGACACCCCCUCAGUCACAGUCAGAAGAGCUCCUCGGUCCGAACGAACCCCGACGGCCGGGCGACGAACAGACCCCUCAGACUGCGGCAGCUGGAGAGGAGGAGGCUGACGACAUCCUAGCCCUGGUGCGUCAGGUCCUCGCCAGCAGUGACGCAGAACAGCACAGGGCCGGCCCACAGCCAUUCUUCCCUCUCCGGCUCAGAGUUCAGCGGCACACUCUGAGACCGUGAUGGCGUUUGUAUGUUUUAAUCUGUUGUAUUUUUGAGCCGCCAUGAGUUUGUAUAUAGCUGCCUGUGUUGUGUUGACUUUAUUUGCCGUGUUUAUAUUUAUGAUUAUGAUGGUUGAUGGUGUGUAUUGUAUGUUGUAUGGUCGCUCCUGUGUUUUUAUUUACGUAUGGGUGCCGAGUACUAAUGUACCAAUAAACUGCAAUAUCUUGUCACCACAA